CAUAAAUGCAAGAAUUACGAAAUGCUAUUUCACUGAUGAGUGCUGCAGCGACGGAGAGUAACUUUGGAUCCCCAAUAGGUGACAUCCCCAGUCAAGAGGCCACAGAAUCGCAAUCUGAGGAAUAUCAGCUUUCGAAGGAAAACAGCAUUAAUGGAGAACCUCCCCGACUUCCUCUUCCAAAAGAAAUGUCAAAAUCAAAGUCUCUGUUGUACAAUGAGUUGAAAGCAAGGAAUGUUGAUCCCGAUUUUGCAACAACGUCAACAGGCAAUUCUCAUAUUUUGCGAUGGGGAUGUACUCUUACUAUUCUUGGUAGUGAAAGUCAAAUAUCCAUAUCUCCUGUUUUUAAAGGGAAAAAGGAUGCUGAGCAAGCUGUUUGUUACAUCGCGCGCGAAAUCGGAAUCGACAAUCUGCUCAAGGAGAAGGUCAUUUAUAAAGCCAACAUGGAGAAGGAUCUAGCUCUUCUCCGAAAACUGCACGAAGAAGAGGGUAAUGACUGGAACACCCUGGUGAAGAACUCAUACACCAACACUCCCUCAAACAAGAGCCAAACUCAGAACUCCUCCGUCGAGUCGGCUCAGUACUACCGAAGCGUUUUAAACCCUGAGAAUUCCCAGUCCUCCAUCACUUCGGGCGUCAUGCCCCUUCCUUUCCACUUCCCGAUCAUUUCGAACAAUUCUCUAGACAUCGUGACGGAAUCUUGCUCUCUCUGCAUGCAGAGCAUCACACCGGUAAGUCUGAUCAACCUCGAUCAGAGCUAG